GUCGAACGGGACGGGUGUGCGUGCGUGCGCUUGCUUGGUCGUUGCGCGAUCGUAUACCGUGUUGUUGAUUGUUGAGAACAGCGACGUAAAUAUAUUGUCUAUAUCGUGUGCGUGUGCGUUCAAACAAAUAGAGUGAUUUUACUGUAGAUAGAUGUGUAGAUUAAGUGUGUAUGUGUGUGAAAUUGGUUAACACAAGCAAAGUGAAAUAGAAAGUGCAAAAAAUAAGAGUGCGGAAGAUUAAAAAAACAGCAGCGGAAAAUCGAAACCAAUUCCAACGCCGGAAAACUGCCACUGCAUUGUGCAGGUCUGUGCGUGGAAGGGAAAGUGGACCAAACGGUCAGCCAGCCAAAGCCAGCCUAAACUUGAACCUUUCGUGGCCCUUGCGGAGAUAACGGAAGCGCGAUGUGCACAACAGUUUACUAAUCGAAAAUUUAACAUAUCAGUGCCGGGUGUGUGUGUGUGUGUUCUUGUAUGAAAAUAACCGUGUCCUAUUGAUUGCCGCGGGCUGCUGAGCGAGAUUUAAAAAGAGAGCAAAAAACAUCAUUCCAUCGUGUGGCUGCUCUGCUCCUGAGCGAGACUCCUUCGACGACUCCUCACUUCGGACGAAGAAAGGUUGUGGUUCUUAUCUUUUUGCCGCGAGGUAAAAACGUAACGAAUCGUGCAGGGAAGGGAAGAAAACGUCUAGUGAAAUAGGAAACAAAACUCCACCAACUCUAGCAAUGAAACGCAACAACGAUGGCAAAAGAGCUCCCCUCGCCGAGGACUUCUCAAGAUGCAUGGAGUACUAGCGCACCCGUGCGAGUGUGGGCAAAUUGCGACGAAAACUUGCACCAGUCACGUACCAUCGAGAUCGUACGAUUUGCUAAAGCGCAGGAACAUCUUGGGUAGCGUGUUCUGAUGCUCCAGUCAGAAAGAUCAACUAGAAUCUUUUGCCUUAGGCAGUAGUUGAACAGUGAGCGGUGAAGUACACACGAAACGAUUGCCUCAUCAUCUACAAAUCGUCGGUGGGUGUCACAUUCAGCCUAGAGCAGCAAGAGCAGCUCCACGGAACACGGAACCCCACCCGCUUAUGGGCCUGACGCUUACUACUUUUGGGGGGCCGAAUGGUUGCAAAAGUGCAGUUGCAGCGAUUGCUGUUGCUCUGAUUUCGAGGCCGAACUGGCAAAGGGCACCCACGGACGAGCACACCGAACGCGGAGUGAAUCAUCCGCCAGCUCCUGGAGGUAACUCUUACGCGAGCUCUUUGCUCUGGAGUUUCGUCGAGUACGAGGAGGACCUUCCUCUCUGCGUCUCUGCGUGUGUGUGUGUGAAUGUGUUUACCUUUUUUGGUUUUGUUUGCGUUUUGAGUUCUUGCAUGCCCUGGUUCUUUGCAAAGUGUGUGCUGUGCAUGCGAAUAGGUGCAUCGUAGAGAGUGUGACAUCGAGCAUUUGUUGAAGACAUAAUUCGUGCCCCGAGAUUACUCACCGCCGCCGACGUGGUGUGUCAUCUUUUGCGAAUUCUCUGAACCUGUCUGUGUGUGUAUCUGUGGAAAAGUCGGAACUUGUCGGAAUAGAAAGCAAAAGGUCCAAAGAGCUCCCACAACAAAAGCAGCACAAGCCGCAAGAUGGUGCUCUGUGACAGUGAUUUAGAUUCCGCGGGCAUCUUGCAGAAGUGGAGCAAGCUACGACGCCGCUGCGCCUCGUUCAAGUCAGUCUCCGGGCCGGCCUCGCUCGAUUCGGACACCAACUUCAUCUUGGCCGAGCAUCCAGGUCACUAUCAGAUCAUCAGUACUGCGACCGGCUCGCCGAUACCGCCCCGUGCCGCACUCACCAACCCGUCGAAGGUCCAGCCGUCACCGCACCAACAUCAUCACCAUCAUCAUCCGCUGUACCACGGGCAUCAUCACCAUCCCCACGGGUUACAUCUACCAGCACACCUCCACAAUCUGCCACCGCGAGGUCCCACCCAUCCGCACCACAACCAUCACCACCACCACCACCAUCAUCUUCACCACAGUCAUCUGCAUCAUCAUCAGCAGCAGCAACAGCAGCAGCAGCAGCAUCAGCUCCAUCAUCAUCCGCUCGUUGACUAUCCGCUGCCCGGCGGUCACCUGCUGGACGGUUCGCCACCGCUCGCGUCCGGCUACGAUCCCAAAAACUGGGAGCUCCGACACUCAAGCUCCUCGUCCGCAUCGGCCUCAUCCUCCUCCACGAUCGGGGCACCGCCAGCCAUACCCCCGGACGAGUACUGGCAGCACUUCCCGCACGAACCGAGCGAUGUCAAGCUGUGGCGUCUAGGUGCGCACCAGACGUACGCACAUCGCAUCCACGUGAAUCCGCCCCAGCGGCGCAGCGCGCACAGCAUCGACUGGGAGUACAACGUGCAGCGGUACGAGAACAUGUGCGACAACAUGGCACCGCCGCCGCCCCGGAUCUUCCGCACCGAGAAGCUGCAGUACUACGACGAGCUGUCGGACGUGAAGCGACCAGUGCAGGCUGGCAGUGAGCCGACCCAGGAGAGCAAUGGUGGCAUAAAGGUCGCAAAAGAGAUCAAGCUGCCGAGUCUGAAGACGUUCAAGUCGGCGUCGAUGCGUCUGCCGGGCCAGAAGUCUUCAAUACACGAGGUGCAGCAGCUGUUGAGGAGUAAGUUCAACCGGAUACAUGCGGGAUUGCGCAAACGGAGAGCGCUGUCGGUACAGGAGGUGUUCCAGGUACCGGGGACACCCGGGACAGCUUCCGGCGUGCAGGCAACACCGACCAAACCCACGUUCUAUGUGCCCUCGCCGCUGGUUAGCGAACGGACGCCCCAUCGUGGUGUGACGACGCGCUACAGCGAAGAGGAGGAAGGUAAUGGUCCAAGAACGGCUCCCUUUCUGGACGAGGAGGACCAACGGGAUGGUUUGGCGAGCGAUCGGCACGCGGACGAGGAGGAAGGUCCCGUCAGUCUGCCUUACAUUAGUGAAACGAUGCUAGCAGAAACGGUGGCCGUGAAGAAGGUUACCCUCCGCUCGACCGAUCACAGUCCCAGCCCGCGCAAGGAACGCACCAAGACCUGGUACCGCAGCAUAGACUUCAAUGCAGCGUUGCAGAAACUCGAAUCGCAUCGACACUCGCUCGACACCAAAGGCACACCAAAGAAACAGUCGUCCGAACCGGAGACGCCCGCCACCAAGGAGCGGUCAAAGCCGGAUCGGACCACCACCGAAGAAGUCACCGCCACCACUGCCGCCAAACCGAACUUCUCCAUCGGAGGGCGCGUGAGUUUGCGCGAGCGGGUAGAAAACAUGAACCUAAGUCGAUUGCGCCCGUCAAAAGUGUCCUCCGGUGGCAGUCCCGUCCCAUCCGCCACGACGCCGGUGGCCGUUGUGAAGAAGGUGUCGGACGCGCGCAAGAUACGGCCCCGCAGCCACUCGCCGUUGAAAAACAUCAAGAUAAACCUGUCGCCGGUAAAGAAGGCAACCGGCGCUGCCGCCACACCAUCCCUGGGAACCGACAAAGCCUCCAAGCGGGAAUCGAUCGGUCUGUUUGGUCGGCUAAACCGGAUGAUGCAUCAGCACGGGCUCGGAGGGCUUGGGAGCGAUAAGGCGGUGGCUGACGGUGCCAGUACCCGCAAGCCGAACGGUAAAUCGCUCGUUGUCGUCCCCGUCGGCAGUGCGCCCAAAAAUGGUGCCGAGGAUGGGUCGUUGACUUCUGCUUCCGUGGCGCGUCCGACCGGAACCGAUAAGGCAGUCGGUGCGGGCAGUGCUGGCGUCAGCUUCGGUGGGAAUGUUAGUAAACAGUCGACGAUACAGAAGCUGACGCAGCUGAGCAGUUGCAACCGGCGAGAACAGCAGCAGCAGCAGCAGCAGCAGCAGCAGCAGCAAAUGCAGCAAUCAAAGACGGAAACUACGCAUGAACGUGACCGGAAAUCCAAACAGAUUUCCGAAUCCAGCUUGGGUCACGGGCACUCGAAAUCGAACGGUGGCAUCACGUUCGCGGACGGCAGCAAGCUCGGCUCGGACCAUCAGCUGCGCCAUCAUCUGAACCAUCGCACGGCGGCAGAUGACGAGGACGACGAGGACGACGCGGAUAGCAUCGAGGAGAGCAAAUUCUGCACCCUUCCACGCCACGGUCCGAACGCAUUUACCAUCCGACAGGCUCGCUUUUCGAAAGGCAACGGAGCAAAAGCGCUCGGAUUUUCCAUUGUCGGCGGUAAGGACUCGCCCAAGGGCUCGAUGGGCAUCUACGUGAAGACGAUCUAUCCGAACGGGCAGGCGGCCGAGAAGGGUACGCUGCAGGCCGGCGACGAGAUCCUGUCGGUGAACGGGAAAGCAUUCCAGGGCCUCUCGCACCAGGAGGCGAUCAACGUGUUCAAGGCGAUCAAGACGGGCGAGGUGGUGAUACUGAUCGGGCGCCGGAACAAUCGCCGCAAGCUGGAGACGCCAUCGCCGACCGAUUCCGGCACCGGGACGGCACCACCGUCCACGACCGGUUCGCCCACCAACACCAUCACGUGCAAUGAUGAAUGAAAAAAGCGGAAACCGCCACCGCACGUGUAAACUGUACAGAGAGUGAAGAAAUUUGCACCAAACAUGGCAGAGCAGCAGCGUGAGAAUGUACUAACGUCUUUUUUUUUUUGGUGUAAAAUGUGGCUAGGAAUCGAAAACACUAAACCCGAUUUGCUCUCGUGCUGCUCUGUGGCGCAAUACAAUGAAAUAUUUAAUAUUUUUUUACCAAAUACCAAAGGCUUCAAUAUCAAAAAAGCAGGAAAAAUAAAUUGAAAAAAAAAGAAAAUUCAAAUGUGAAGUCGCAACCAGCAGAACCAGCAGAUUCACCAACAAAACCAAAUCGUUGUCUAGAGGACGGGUGGGAACAACAGUCACAGUGCUAGGGGUAACCUUUCUAAUCAAUUUAUUUGCUGUUUUACGUGCGUACU